AUGCCUCUGGUAAAGACUCUGAAAGCGUCUCUGGAUGACCUGCUCAUACACCGAGAUUUGGCUUUACAUCAAAAUGCUACACAAAGCUCAACGUACAAUGAUGGUCCUGUAUAUUAUACUGCCGAAAGAGCUGUUGAUGGGGUACUCGGAGUUGAUGUAUCGGAUGGACACUGUUCCCACACAGGUUCAGGUCACCAACAAGCCUGGUGGAAGGUUGACCUGGGACAGAUUUACCGGAUACAGACGAUCAACAUCACAUAUAGACGUGGUCAAACACACACUCUCAAAGGCUACAGUCUGUAUGUAACAAACAACACAGCUAUGACACUGCAUGGUGGGUCUAUCAAUGAACAGUUAGGUUAUUUGUGUUACCAUGACGCUGAUUCCAGAAUACCAACGUAUAAUCAGUCACGAGAGUGUCACGUUGAUGGGAGAUACGUCGUGUUCUACAACAACAGAACGAACGAAGACGCAUAUAUUGAGCUAUGUGGUGUUCAAGUUUACGGAUGUUCCGCCGGUAGGUACGGGUUUAAGUGUCGUGACACCUGUCAUUGUCAGACUGGUGGGUGUAACCCUGACACGGGACAGUGUGACGUUACCGGGUGUCAGACGGGUUGGAUGGGACUAUCAUGCAGUCUUCGAUGUUACUGUAACUCGGGAGGAGCCUGUGAUAUAGAUACAGGGGUCUGUAGUGGAGGAGGAUGUCAGUCCGGAUGGCCGGGACGCAGCUGUGUUCUAGGACCACAUGAUCGGGAUCUAGCACGUAAUAAAGACACCUAUCAGAGUAGUACUUUUGGUAGCUAUUCAUCAGACAAAGCUGUUGACGGUAUUAUUACCGCGGAUGUAGCACAUCAGGGAAGCUGUUCACAUACAAAGGCAGCAGGACAAAAUGAGGCCUGGUGGAAAGUCGAUCUUGGAGGAGAAAAAAGGAUCGGGACUAUCAAUAUAAUAUACAGACAAAAAUACACCUUCCGAAUGUCCGGUUUUUAUCUGUAUAUAUCAAACAGUUCCUAUACUAGCUCCCAAUCGCUGAGUCGAGACUUUUUAUGUUACCAUGACCACGGACCCGGUCUGCCCUCCUACAUCCAGUCACUAUCAUGUCCAGUCUCAGGUCGAUUCGUCAUAUUUUACAACAAACGUCCUGCCGACUAUGAGCCCUUCAAUCGCAUGUAUUAUUCGGAGACAAAUGCAGUCAUUGAACUAUGCGAAGUACAGGUACUUGGAGCCUGUGAGCGAGGUAAAUUUGGACAAGACUGUAGCCAGAGUUGUCACUGUGCCUCAUCUGACUGUAACCAAAUGACGGGAACUUGUCUUGUUCCGGGAUGUUCUGCUGGCUGGAUGGGUAAUUCUUGUGACCAAGAAUGUGGCAGCAAUUCAUUUGGACGAGACUGUAACCAGACCUGUCACUGUGCCUACUCUGACUGUGACAGGAGGAGUGGGACAUGCACCAUACAUGGAUGUACGGAAGGUUGGAUGGGAAGUAAAUGCAAUCAAGAUUAUGUGAACCAAACCUUCGGACGAGACUGUAACCAGACCUGUCUUUGUUUUAACUCUGACUGUGACAGGAAGAGUGGGUCAUGUUAUAUAACUGGCUGUACGAAGGUUAAAUUGGGAGUGAUUGUAGUGGAGGAGUUUGUUUAA